AGGAAGUGCAACAACUUCUGUUCUAUUUUAAGUUUGUAGACUGUUCAAGUGCGGAGCGGUUGUACUAUGCAUGUGUAGUACAUUUUGCUACAACUUUGUCUUACUCACCAACAGAAAUUAGGACGAGUCCUAAUGAAGGUAUCUUGGAGCAAUCUUUGUAUACAGAAACUGAGAAGCUAGAUCUGAUAAUGGAAGAUGUAGCCAGCAGCCAUACUUUUUUGGAAGACAAGACCAUGCCAAAAACUAUUAAAAAGAAGAAAAUGCUUUCAGUACCUGCACGAAUUCAACUUGGAAUAAUGGCCUUCUUCAUGUUUUUUAUCACUCAAAUGAUUCGCUCUAAUCUCUACAUUGCUCGUGUUGUCAUGACAGAUGUAGGAAAUACAACAAAUGAAUCCCAGUCAAAUAAGUUGAACUGGAAUGAACAAGAAACUGGAAUGGUCCUCAGUGCUUUCUACUGGAGUUACUGGAUAACAGAGCUCCCUGGGGGCUUAGUGGCUCAGAGGUUUGGUGGUUGUCGGGUACUGGGUUUUGGUGUGUUGUUGGCUGGAUUGCUGAAUUUAGCAUUCCCAUUAGCUUGCAGAGCUCAUUAUGGAACAGCUGCAAUGCUCAGAGCCAUCCAGGGACUUGCACUGGGUGUGACAUGGCCAGCAACACAUGCCCUCUCAGCUCACUGGAUUCCAUCUACUGAGCGCAGUAAAUUCAUGACUACUUACCACGGUUCUGCUGUUGGUACAGCAUUAACUUACCCCUUGAGUGGGAUCCUCAUGGCUACACUGGAUUGGCAGUAUGUCUUUUAUAUGACUGGAUGUCUGACACUGAUUUGGUAUGCAUUUUGGUUGUACCUGAUUUAUGACUCACCUGCACAACAUCCACGGAUCUCAAAUGCUGAACGGAAAUACUUGGAACGUGCUAUUGGAGAAACUGUUACUUCUCACAAGAGCCCUCCAUUACGAACACCAUGGACAUCAAUCUUGCUGUCAGGACCAUUUUGGGCUGUAUUAUUUGCCUCACAGGGUCUCAUGUGGGGAACCAUCACAUUAUCAAUGCAGCUGCCUACCUAUUUUAAAAAUGUUUACAUGCUGGAUAUCAAAACGAAUGGGUUUGUUUCUGGCAUACCUGAGCUCAGCAAGUUUGCAUUCGGUCUUGCCUUCUCUACUACAAUGGACUUCAUGCUCCGUAAUGAAUAUUUAUCCAUCACUGCUGUCCGUAAAAUUUCUGUAGCCACAAGUGAGUUCAUCCCUGCUGUAUUGCUUGUAGUGCUUGGAUUCCUUGGCAGUGGGAGUUCAACAGUUGCUGUAGUGUUUUUGGCCCUGUCAUAUGCAGUGGGGGGAGCCAGCUCUUCAGGCAGUUUGCCCAAUAUUGUUGAUCUCAGUCCCAACUUUGCAGGGACACUCCUUGGUAUUAUUAAAACACUGACACUAAUUCCUGGAGUGUUGUCUCCAAAUGCAGUCAGCCUUCUGAACAGUAGUUUUGGUUCUGUCGAUUGCUGGUUCUAUGUGUUCAUUACUACAGCUGUCAUAUAUAUGUUGUGUGGUACCUUGUUUAUGUUCCUUGGAUCGGGAAAUGUUCAACCUUGGAACCAACCACAGUUUAAAGAACUACCAGUUGCUAAAGACUCUUCACAACCACACAAAGAAUCAUAAUAUCUGACUAAAUGAACUCAACUUAACUGACUUCAUUUCGCUAACUCUUCUACUUAUAACAUCUCAGCAUGGACUGCAGAAAACACCGUUCCUCUGUUGAUGUCGCUGAAACACAACUGUUUGUGAAGCUGUUACUUAGUAAUGGCUGUUGUAUAUUUGCUUAUCUCACAGUCAUCACCCAGCAUCUGGUCUAUAUGCCACAUGUUAAGCACAUACUUGACUCUAAAGCAAGAAAUUUGCUGAUAAAUGUUUACAUCUUAUUACUUAAUCUACAAGCCAACCCAAAAACAUUUUUAUUUACACCAGUCUACACUUUGGUCAAAUGAUCUAGAGCAUAACUAAGCCUCCUCAAAAUAUCCUGUAACCCGAAUCAGAACACUUCUGAAAACUACAGCUAGAAUCAUUCAUUUCUAAUAAAUUGAUAUGUCCAUUCCUCAGUGUAUUCAAGCCUCAGCUCAUGUAAUGUGAUUAAAUAUGUUGAGAUUAACAGUAUUUUUCUACAAAUUAGAAGUGUAAGUUUUUAUUUAGAAUUAUUUUGUGCUUUAUUUUAAGUAUGAGAGAUGCUAACUGCCUUAAUUUGAUGGUUGAACAUAUAAAUACAUUUACUUUCCUCUGCAUUUUUGUUGCAGUCUUAGAACAUAUAUUAAUAUGGGAUUGGAGAAAAUGGAUAGAGUGUUUUCUGCUAGAUACUAUGACAGUCAGAUGCAGUCACAAGAAGCUUAUCUAUCAAUUCCACCAUAAGAAACUAUUACCCUAGUUGAGAUAUUUCAGGGCAAUGAUGUAACUAGGGAGAAAUUUCAGGUUAGAGGGACUGCUGUUUGCAGGUCUGUUAAUUUGUACUUAUAGUUACGUUUUUGACCAUUCACCUGUGAAAAAUUAGUGCAUCUGAUGAAGUGGAAUAUUGAGAGUUCAGUUCCUAACUGGCCAUAAAUUUAAGAUUCUACAUAAGGCAAAUAUGUACAUAUUGCCUCAAGGACCCCAAAUGCAGAUUAUUCUUACCAAAAAGAACUUAAAACGAUUUUACUCACACUAUCAUAUGUAUUAGUUAUCUGGUUUCAUUAUUCUUAUAACAGUGCUCCAGGGAUUUCUUCCUCCUCAUAUUUUAUUUCAUAACAUACCCUCUACAGAUGCAUAUUUUGUUCUCCAAGAUACUAUCAUGUGUAUGACUGAAUGAAUGUAUAAGGGGUGGGCCUUCUUGGCCCUUGCACCAUGACCAGUGAUCUAUUGUGCCUCCCCUUCUGAUUAUCCUGUCAACAAUCCUGCACUUUGAAUGAAGGGCAGGAUUUUGUAUGUGGGGAUGUCGAAAUAGUCACUUGGUUCCAUAAAAUAUUGACCCAAGUGGCAAAUUAUCAUGUGUAUGCAUAUGCCUAUAGAUGGUGUUUGGAUGACUGGAUUUAUUGAACAUCUAUACAACUUGUUACUACAUUUCACAAAUCACUAUUGCCCACAGACUAGUAUUCUCAGUCCGUUACAGUCUCCACUAGUUGUUUCCUCAUAAUGGCUUCUAACAGUGGAGAUUCUUCAGACUGUGCGCUCACUUAGUUCUGAUACACAGAAGGAGAUAAGAAAAUGAUGGUGAUGAGAAUGGAUUUGUAAAAAAAACAUUUAUGGCUCAUAUGAAGGUUCUAUCCCAGAAUAUACCUGAAGGUACUAAUAAAUACCACCAGAAGGAUUUUAUCAGGAUAACCAAUCACUCAGCCAUUUAACUAUGUCUACUUCGUGAAACAUGGGACAGAGAUAUCUUCAGAGUUCAAAUUGGUUUCUGACAGGCACUGUAAUAGGAAGUCCUACUAUCUUGCAAGAAUUCAAUCUUAAGAUUUAAUUAAGGGAUCCUGACAAACUGUAAUUGUACAUCAUGAAAAUGAGCAUUUAGUUUAUCUGUGUUUAUUAUAUAUCAUGGUGCCUCUUCUUCAGUAUUAUAAAAAAUGGAGAAGUUCAUCUUGACUUCCUAUUUGGCUUUUUGAUGAUGCCAACUUUGAACAGAUGUAUUAUUUCAAGCUUUAUAUUGAGGUUUAUCAGAUGUUGCAUUUGACACCAACCAAAACAGCAGAUGUCUGAUUGGAGACAAAAAUCUUAAAAAUACACAUGCAUAGUUGUAUUCUGUGGGAUCAGUGUCAAGAGAAUCUCAGGAGGACUAAUACAUGAUAAGGAAAGGAUGUCGUAUGGAGUACAUUUUUCAUGGUUAAAACUCGAAGGGGGUAAGCUGAACUCAGAUUCUGGAAUUCAAACUUCCUCCUAGAUGAAGAGUAGUGAAAGAGGGUCAGUUAAUGGGGCCUGCUUGCCAUAAAUAACUAUGGAAGCAGAACUGUAAUCAUACGGGUUAAACAGUAGCAGCUGGUUAUGGAUCACUCAUAAUGACAUGGUUUUCCCAUGUAAGUAAUGUUAUGAAAUUUCAAUGGUUUCUGUUGCUAUAAUAAAGUCCUUCUUACAAGUCA